AUGGUACGCCGCCCAGGUGGGUUGGUCGAGCUCUCCGCCCUGGUCGCCACCGUGGCAUCCACGCCCGCGGGCAAGCCGCUCACUCCGGCGCCUGCCCCGACGGCCAGUCCGAUCCGCAGCCCGAUGCCCAGCCAGAUGCCCAGCCUGAGGACAGGCCCGGCGCCCACGUUCCCGACGCCUGCUUCCGAUGCGGCCUGCAUGUGGGCGAGUAUCAUCGGCGAGUGUUCGCUUCACGGUGUCUGCGUGCAGAGCCCAAACUACCCACAGAGCUACGGCGUGGAUCAGACGUGCACCUUGGAGAUCAGUACGGCUUUCUCGGCGCCCCUCGCGGUGGAUUUUUUCGGCACCGAGGCGUACUUCGAUACGCUCACUGUCAACGGAGUGCAGCACUCUGGAGCUAGGGGUCCCAGUGGAAUGAUUCCGACAACGAGUAUCUCGUGGGUGUCAGACCACAGUGUGCCUGGCAGUGGUUGGAGGUUGUGCCAGGCUUCGAGUCAGGUUCAACCACGGACCUCGGCUUUCACGACGAGCGAUGGCCAGUUCCAGCUAGUCUUGGCCACUGAGCAGGUCUCGUGCUGCCAGAAUUCUCCAACCAGUAGUGUAUCGUCGACCCAAUCGGGCGCGGUCCUGUUGUGGCCAUGUGUUUACUCUGCAGCGCAAGGUAGUUGGGCUGAUAAUUGCGGCGGGGGACACACUCGAACAUUUCAGGAAUGGAUUGAUGGCUGCUUUGAAAGCACAAUGACUGAUAGGAUUUGCAUCGAUUCGCAGACUUACGUGUAUGUCCAAGUCGCGCCAACCCCGUCCCCUGUGGCCCAGGAGUACAGUAUGUGGGCAGCUGUCACCGGCUAUUGCACGUUGGAUGGUUCUUGCGUGGAGAGCCAUAAUUUCCCGCAGAAUUAUAAUAAUAAUCAGGGGUGCAUUUUGGAGAUCAGUGCGGAGUUUUCAGCGCCUAUCAUAGUCGAGAGCUUCAACACGGAGGCGUCUUUCGAUUAUCUCACUGUCAAUGGACAGCUUUACUCUGGAAGUGCUGGACCCAGCGGUAUCACGCCGACAUCCAGCAUCAGCUGGACUUCUGAUCACACCAUAACCCAGAGCGGCUGGAGACUGUGCGCCGCCCCACCGACGCCUGCUCCACCCAUCCACGCCAGCUCCAACACCUUUUCCGUGGUCUUGCACUUCGAUCCGUGCAAGCACUUUCGUUUACGAGUACCAGUCGUAUCAUAG